AUGCUCUUAGUUUGGGAGAGGUUGAAGGUGAUUAAGAGUAAAUUAAAAGGUAUUCAUAACAAAGAGUUUAAGGGGAUCCAGGAACGGAUUGAUCUUUCUAGACAGCAGUUAGAUCUCAUUCAAACUCAGUUACAGUCUCACCCCACUGAUAGUUCUUUGCUGGUUCAGGGACAGGAAUGUCCGAAUUCUCUCAGGAAGUGGUUGAAAGUGAAGGAAAUAGCUUCGAAGCAAAAAUCAAGGUUGCAUUGGUUGAAAAGUGGAGAUGCCAACAACAAGUUCUUUUUUGCAGCUGUGAAAGAAAGGCAUAAAAUCAAUGGAAUUGACUUACUGAUGGAUGAUAGUAAUGUCAAACUUGAAAAACCAGAGGAAAUCCAAAAGGAAGUGAUUAACUUCUACUCUUCCCUUCUUGGAUCUUGUGCUACUCAACUCCCUGCAAUUGAUAUUACAACAAUGAGGUCUGAUUCCAGGUUAAGCUAUCAAGAUAGGAUUUCUUUGUGCCUUCCAGUGACAAAUGCUGAAAUUAACUUGGCUCUUAAAGGUAUUGAUGAUAGUAAGGCUCCAGAAGCAGCUGCUAAAACAAGUAAACUGUUGCAAAAAGUGGUGGGGAAAGUAGUGAGUGAAUGUCAAGCUGGUUUUAUUACUGGUAGACAUAUUGCAGAUAAUAUUCUGUUGGCUACAGAAUUGGUAAAGGGGUAUAAUAGGAAACACUUGUCUCCAAGUGUGCUCAUCAAUGGCAAAACAUGUCCUCCCUUAGGUGACCCCUUGUCCCCUUUCCUUUUUGCUCUUGGCAUGGAGUACCUGUCUAGAAACAUGCAGCAGCUUAAAAAAGAUCCUAAUUUCAACUUUCCUCCUAAGUGUGAGAAGCUAAACAUCACCCAUAUGAUGUUUGCACAUGACCUGCUUAUGUUUUGUAGAGCUGACCUUACUUCCGCUUCAAUGCUAUUCCAAAAGUUCCUCUUGUUCUCUCAAGCUUCUGGUCUAGAAGAAAAUCUGCAAAGGCAGAUUUUGGAUGAGCUUAGAAUCCCAACAGGUGAUUUCCCUUUUAGGUACUUAGGGGUGCCACUAUCUACUAAAAAACUGGCAUACAUUCAAUGUAAGCCACUAAUUGAUAGGGUGCUUGCUAGGGCCAAAAGUUGGACAACUAGAUAUUUGUCUUAUGCAGGGAGGUUGCAGUUGGUUAAAACCAUUUUGCUUAGCCUCCAAUCUUUCUGGUGUCAGAUCUUUGUUCUACCAAAAAAAGUGAUUAGAGAAAUCCAGAGGUAUUGUAGGGUAUAUAUGUGGAUUAGUGAUACCACAACUUCCAAGAAAGCCUUGGUGUCUUGGGCUAAUAUCUGCUUACCAAGGUCUGCUGGAGGGUGGAAUAUUAAAGACAUGGAAACAUGGAACAAGGCAGCAGUCUGUAAACUCCUAUGGGACCUUACUCACAAAAAAGAUAAAAUGUGGGUUAGGUGGGUGGACACUUAUUAUAUCAAAGGUAGGAGUAUUACUGGAACUCAUUGGUGUUAG